UGUAUUCAACUAAGCUCAGCAAGUUUCCCGUGUUUACUUUUGAUGAUGAACUCAAGUACCUGAGUAUCAGUGCUGUGAACCCCAGCACCACCAAGGCCACCCUCUGUGCUCUCAACGUGUUGAGAUACUGGUGCCUGACUAAAGGACUCAGAGAUUACAUGGACAUCACUAAGGUCAGAAAACAGCAAAAUACUGUUUUUUCAGUGGUGGAGGCCAGGAAAACAGACGGGUCUGACUUUUUAGCCACAUCCCUCCACACUAUCAGAUGGGACCUGGACAGGAUCCCCAAAAAUGCUGGUGCCGGUUGUUGCAUCACCAGCAGCACCUUCAGUUCUUCCACCAGGAGGCUCAGGGAGAAGCUUAAUGUCCUCAGUAAGGCUGGGAUGUCUGGUGCCUGCUCUCGCAACGCUGACUACAUUUCCCUUUCUGAUGAGGAAGACUGUGAUGGAGAUGACAGCCCCCAGGCCCUGCUGUCCCCCGCGGUGAAAUACAACAGCCAGUACCUGGACAUGUGAACUUUACAGGAGCACGUGAACUUAAUGUUUGAUGACAGUGGUUUGCCCAGAGACUCCCAGAACAGGUCAGGUUUUGCCGGAAUGGAUAGUGUGGAGCAAGAAAACAGGUUGAACGCAAACAGAGCAUGUUAUGGCCAGGUCUACCAUGAGCACUCCAAAGGGCACUGCCUCCUCUACAAGGACAUGUACUUACAGCAGUUGACAUUGAUGGAGGCCAAGUCCCCCCUCUAACUGAUGGCCUGGGAGGAACUGAGAGGUGUGGGGAGCAUCUGGUACGAGGAGCAGAGGAUGGGGCUCCACUCCCUGAAAGGUGUAGUCCCCAGGCUGGCAAAGGAAGUUAAGCUGGAGCACUGUGGAAAUUUAAUUCCUUCACUUAGGCUUCCAGGAAUUUAG